GGGGCGGAACCCCUCCUUGUUGCCACUCCACCGAGUGGCCGCGUCCAUUCUGGGCCAGGUGGCCUGAUUUAAGGGGUAGGGAAAAGUGUCAGUUUUAGGGAUCUCAAAGGGUGGCGGCCCCAUGGCCCCGCUGGGAGGCGCCCCGCGGCUGGUGCUGCUGUUCAGCGGGAAGAGGAAAUCCGGGAAGGACUUCGUGACCGAGGCGCUGCAGAGCAGACUUGGAGCUGACGUGUGUGCUGUCCUCCGGCUCUCCGGUCCACUCAAGAAGCAGUAUGCUCAGGGUGGCAGACGGCUCUCCGCUUUCUAUAAGUGGACCUUUUGGGGGCAUUUUCUGUUUAAGUUUCUUUCCCAUUGGCCUUACUCACUUGAGGCCACCUCCCUAGAGCGUGUUCAGGAAAGUGUGUCCAGAAAAGGCUGUAGACGCGAGUUGGCAGCUGUGAUGCCGUGUUAUUGGUGCACCCUUCCAGGGACCUGUGCUCGUGGCCCCUUGGAGCACGGCUUAGACUUCCAGAGACUCCUGGAUGCCAGCACCUACAAGGAGCCCUUUCGGAGGGACAUGAUCCGCUGGGGGGAGGAGAAGCGCCAGGCCGACCCAGGCUUCUUCUGCAGGAAGAUCGUGGAGGGUGUCUCCCAGCCCGUCUGGCUGGUGAGUGACACACGGAGGGUGUCUGACAUCCAGUGGUUUCGGGAGGCCUAUGGGGCUGUGACGCAGACGGUCCGCGUGGUGGCCACAGAGCAGAGCCGACAGCAGCGGGGCUGGGUGUUCACACCAGGGGUGGAUGAUGCUGAGUCAGAAUGUGGCCUGGACAACGUCGGGGCCUUCGAUUGGGUCAUUGAGAACCACGGAGAUGAGCAGCACCUGGAGGAGCAGUUGGAGCACCUGAUAGAAUUUGUCCGCUCCAGACUUUAGCUGGCAGGUUCUAGGAGCGAGCGGGGGCUGCCAGGGUGAGGGGGGGCUCCCUGCGCCGAACAUGUGGUUGCUGAUGCUGGCCGAGGUUGGGGGAGCAGACAGAGGGCCUGUGUCAAGGUUUCUGGGGGCUGGUAGAUGUCAGACAAGUUAAGAAACCACCAGGGACCUCAUUUCUUCGUGGAAAGGACAGCCCUCCCUCUUUACAAGGAGACUUAAAGGGCAGAGAUGGGUGAGUUGGCUGUGCUUGAAGCAGAAGCAUCACCAUCUCCAUGGGUGCCAGACCUGUCAGCCUGUGGUGGCCUUGCUUCCCCGACUGGAUGCUAUCGGCCCCUUGUUCUCGGCAAGAGCCUGGGGCUCCCCAAUGUGGAUACUAAUAAACCUUCUUGGAGCACCUGCUCAGAGCUGGACAUCUCUCAUUUCCCAGGUGACAACCCAGCCUGUGUGGCUCCGUAGGGCCUGGGUUGUCCUGGUGGCUGUGGGUUUCUGCUCUGCCUCCCAGCUGGGCGGGAACAUAUCUUGCAGAGGCUGACCUUGAUCCGGGCCAAAUUCUUCACAGCCACCCUGUGAAAUAUUCGAGGAGUGCAUUUUCAUCUGCAUUUAGCAGAUGCCAAGGACUCAGAGAAGUGAACAACUUGCCCAGGGUGGAGGUACGCGGGCUUCUCACUGUUGUGGCCUCUCCCGUUGCGGAGCACAGGCUCCGGACGCGCAGGCUCAGCAGCCAUGGCUCACAGGCCCAGCCGCUCCAUGGCAUGUGGGAUCUUCCUGGACCGGGGCACGAACCCGUGCUCCCUGCAUCGGCAGGCGGACUCUCAAACCACUGCGCCACCAGGGAAGCCCCAACAUGAUAUUUUGAUACAUGUAUAUAUUAUGAAAUGAUUACCACAAAACAAGGUUAGUUAACACCUCUGCCACUUCACAUAACUGCCAUUUUUUUGGGUGGUGGUGAGAACAUUUAACAACCUCCAGGUAUAUAAUACAGUAUUGCUGAGUGCGGUGACUAUGUGGUACAUUAGAUCCCCAGAACUUAUUCAUCUCAUAACUGGAAGUUUGUAACCUCUAGCCAACAUCUCUGCAUUUCUCCAGCUCCUAGCCCCUGGCAGCCACCAUUUUACUUGUGUUUCUAUGAGUUCAGCUUUUUAGAUUCCAUAUAUAAGUGAGAUCAUGCAGUAUUUGUCUUUCUUUGUCUGAAUUAUUUCACUUAGCAUAAUGCCCUCAAAGUUCAUCCAUGUUGUUGCCAAAGUCAGGGUUUCCCUCUUUUUUUUUUCUGGUUGAAUAAUAUUCCGUUCUGUGUAUAUAUAUCACACUUUCUUGAUCCAUUUGUCCACUGAUGAACAAUUAGGUUGUUUCCAUAUCUUGGCUAUUGUGAAUAAUGCUACAAUGAACAUGGGGGUGCAGAUAUGUCUUUGAGAUAGUUACUUCCUUUCCUUCAGAUAUAUCAGAUAUAUCUAUCUAUCUGUCUCCUUCCUUAAAUAUCAAGGAGGCAGGGAUGAAGCAGAGAAGGGGAGGUGGCUCUCAUAUUCCCUUGGUAGUGGCGCUGAGCUGGUUCCUGGCUCUGGGUAUUUGGAAGAGUCACAGGAUGUGACUUGGGAAGCCAGCGGGUCCACUCCCCACCCUUUGACAAGUUGGCACUGAUGCCUCUUAACAUGGGAGGCCCCAGUGGCUAACCAGUCACUUCUGCUGGAUUUGAAGUUUUUCAACACUUAAAAAAAACCCCAAACUGAUACUUCUCUAAAUAUCAAAAUCAGUAAUAACCCUGACUUUUGAUACCCUAUGUUUUGAUGAGAACUUUAGCUGCUUUUUUUUCAAGACAUUUUGUCUGUGGUUAUGAUCUCGGAGUAUAGCUCUUAUUUUUUAAUAUAAUGUGUAUGUUCUUAUAUUUUUUAUAAGGUUAAAAAAUAUAUAUAUAUAUUUAUGGCUGCAUCGGGUCUUCGUCGCUGUGCAUGGGCUUUCUCUAGUUGCUGUGAGCAGGGGCUACUCUUCGUUGCAGUGCGUGGGCUUCUCAUUGCGGUGGCUUCUCUUGUUGUGGAGUACGGGCUCUAGGCCCAUGGGUUUUAGUAGUUGUGGCUCACGGGCUUAGUUGCUCCAUGGAAUGUGGGAUCUUCCCAGACCAGGGCUCUAACCCGUGUCCCCUGCAUUGGCAGGUGGAUUCUUAACCACUGCGCCACCAGGGAGGUCCCUAUAUGUUCUUUUAAUAAUUAUUUGUAUCACUAACAUUCUCUUAAAAAUUUUGUUAUUCCACUUCUAAACUGCUGAAUUGAGGCAUAGUUGGCAUGUAAUAACUGCACAUAUUUAAAGUGUACAAUUUGAUAAGUUUUGACAUUUGUAUUGAUAUAUAUCCGUGAAACCAGUAUCACAAUCACAGUGAACAUAUCCAUCACCCUCAGAAGCUUCACCAUGUCUCCUCCUCUUGCCUCUCCCAACCCCUGUCCCCAGGCAGCCACUGAUUUGCCUUCUGUCUCUAUAGAUUAGUUUGCAUUUUCAAUAAUUUUGUAUAAAUGAGUCAUACAGUAUACAUUUUUUUGGUCUGAUUUCUUUCACUUAGCAUAAUUAUUUGAGAUCCAUCUACAUUAUUGCAGGUUCAUGUCAAUAGUUCAUUUCUUUUUAUUGCUGGUGUGUGGUAUGAAUAUACCACCAUUGUCUGUCCAUUCACCUGUUGGACAUUUGGGUUGUUUCCAGUGUUUGGAUAUGACAAAUAAAGCAGCUAUGAACAUUUAUAUACAA